AUGAGCUCGUCGGAGCAACAAGAGACGGUGCCAGGAGUCGCCAAAGCUGCCGUCUCACCAGCACGCAGCGAUAAGAGUAGUGAUAGCGAGGGCAGACCAGUCCGGGAGAAGUUCCAGAAGACAAGCAUCGAUGCCACGGCAAAUCCGAUUUCGGUUCUGAGGCAGACCACAACCGACAACGCGAAUGGCAGCUUGGAAUCAGGAAGCCGCAGCGCGUCAGGGUCAGACAGCGAGCGUGGACGGUUACGGAGGAAGCGCAGUCGAGAAGACAUUGACGAUGACAACGAGGGGGACAAGCAACCGGACAAGAAGCAGGAGAGGUUGGAGAAGACUUCAGACAAGCCUGAGAGGCAUUCGCGCAAACGAUCGAGGGACAUUACGAAGGACCUUGAAGGUGGAGCUCUCGCCAAACCUACGACUACCUCCGUGUCGAGGAUCGAAGAGACAGACGCUGAGAUGACGUCUCCAAGCAAGAACAUAACAAAGCUUACAGAUACAAAGGCACGCACGGGCACAAGUCCGAAGAACAAGCGCCCGCGCGAUGAGGCUGAAGGCUCCGAGGCCGUGGAGGAAAGCACAAAAGACGCGCCUGUGAAUGGCCAAGCAACAACAAAGGCAGGAGACGAGCGCGAGUCAAAACGGGCACGGGACAAAGAAGAGACUAAGCCUGUGACGUCUAUACCAGCUGGCAGCGGUUUCGCAAACACAUCUGCAGCAUCACCCUUCGCCGCCAUGUCUGCAAAACCUGCACUACCCAAGCCUUCGGACAAGACAGAAGCUCUGCCUCAGACUUCAGACGAUAAAUUCAAAGCCUCUGGAUUUGGCAGCUUGGCGAACUCGAGCGCGUCGCCUUUUGGAAGCUUUGGUGCUACUGCUAAGUCAGGUUCGCCAUUUGGCGGCGCCCCUAAGCUAAGCUCUUUUGCUUCCCCUGCAGCGACAUCUUCGACAACGGCAGCAUCCUCUGGAAGUGGAUUUGGAUCGCUGGGCGGUGCCAAAUCGGGCUUUGGCAGUGGAAGCGGGUUUGGUGGCGCAUCAAGCAGCCCCUUUGGCGGCUCUUUUGCUUCGAAGCCACUCGGCACCAGCUCGUUCGCAACACCUGGCGCACCAGGCAUCACUGGACUCAGUUCCAAGCCUGAGCGAGCAUUCGGUGCCCCUGGCGAUAAGGAGGACGACGACGGAUCUGACCAAGAGGACGAUAGUGAAGACAGGCCUGAAAAGGAGACAGACGACGACCGACGGUCAAGCCAACUGCUGUCUGGCGCAGCUCCCACAGAAACGGGCGAAGAACACGAAGAUUCGGCAUGGGUUGGUCGUGCAAAGCUCUACACAAUGGAUGGCGAAGGCAAAGACCGAGGGUGGAAAGAACGCGGUGUUGGUAACAUCAAGCUCAACGUUACUAAAGACGAACCAAAGAAGGCACGCUUCGUCCUGCGCGCAGACGGCACACACCGCUUGAUUCUCAACGCCGCUGUUACAGAGACAAUGGUCUUCGGCGCAGACUCCGAAGGCGCAAAGCCCAAGGAUGGGCGAUUGCUAUUUAAUUCGCCGAAUGCAGAGGGGAACUUGGAAAUGCAUCUUCUCAAGCUGAAGUCCGAACGCGCCGUCGAGCUCUGGGAGCGCGUCGCUCAGGUCCAAAAAGACGAAUUGUAG